AUGAAAUUGAAUGGCCCUACCCUGAAUUUGAUCUUCACGGCUUACGACGACUUCAAGCAGAGGAUGCCGAUCAUGGCAGAUCUCUUUAAGCUUAACUCCCUCACUCUAUUCUAUGCCUAUUUCAUCCUAACGCCUAUGAUCGUCAGUGUCAUAUACUACACUGCGACCCACAACGGCGAUCUUCAUUAUGUCGACGCCUUAUUCAUGUGUUUUAGUGCUAUCACAGGCACUGGAAUUGAUGUUGUCGAUGUUUCAAGCCAAACAUCGUUCCAACAAGGUAUUCUCUUUGCACUCAUAGUCGUUGGUCACGCUAUUCCUAUUUGCGGCGUACUUUCCUUGAUAAAAGGGUUGUCGCUCCGCUGUGCACUAGCAAAUGACCAUGACAAUCAAAUUGAGCGCCAUGUUGUCGAUGCAGAGAAGGAAAAGGCCACUACAGCAGUGAAGGAGCUGCCACAAAGCUUGCUAUCUCCCACUGAGUCCGAUGUUGCCCAAGAAGACUAUGGCUUCAUCACAGUUGUGGAUCAGACACAUGUCGACGAUACCGAAGGAGCCAGGCCGACCACUAUCACCAAAAACACUCCUAUCCCGAGCGUGAAACAGCGCAUGCGUCGACUGAUCGCCGGAUUCAAAGCGAUGCAAGAACACCUGAGCCCUCACAGACCCAUCAACUACAAUCAACCUGGUGGAAUAGAGUGCCUUUCCGUCAUGUUGGUUUCAGCUGUUGUACUCAUAUACUUUGUCAGCUUCAUCACACUGGGCGUCGUCGGACUCGGAGUUUGGUCACAUACGUUUCGUCCGGAUAUUGCUCAUGCAGAUGAGGUUUCUGCUUUCUGGGGAGGUGCUUUUCUGGGGACUUCUGCACUAUGCAAUAAUGGAAUGUCGCUCAUCACAACCAACAUGGGUCCCUUUCAACGCGAAUCUUUCCCUCUUCUUACCGCUGGAUUUUUGGUUCUUGCUGGCAACACGCUUUUCCCAUGCUUGCUUCGGCUUUUCAUCUGGACCACCAGAAAGGCGUUACCCAGACACCCCAGCUGGGAUACAUGGCGACACGCAUUUGACCUUGCUCUCACCCAAUCUCAACAUGUUUGCGAUUAUUUAUACCCCUCCUGGCAUACUUGGUUCCUUUUGGGAACCGUCAUCACUCUCAAUUGUAUAAUGUGGGCUGGUUUCGAACUUUCCGCUAUCCACAACGAGGAAAUCGGCUCGCUGCCUGUCGGUUAUCGCAUACUAGACGGACUUUUCCAAGCUUUGUCUGUUCGCGGUGGUGGAUUCUCAAUCGUGGUAUUUGACAGACUACCACAGGGGCUCAUUAUUCUUUACGGGUUGAUGAUGUACCUAUCUGCCUUUCCAGUGUCAACUACAAUCAGUAACCUUCAAACUUUCCGGGAGUCUUUUUUGAGAUCAUCCAAAAAUGAGUUUGACUACGCAAGUGAAACUGCCGGUGCAGAUCUCUCGAAGUUUGCUCGUGCUCGGUUCGUUUACCAACAACUUCGCUCCCAAUUCAACAACGACAUGUGGUGGCUUUGUUUAGCAAUCCUUUUAAUCACUGUCACCGAGUCCAACAAUUACAAAGCCAACCCGCUGGCUUUCUCUACCUUCAAUAUUAUUUUCGAGGUGAUCUCCGCAUAUAGCUGCGUUGGUGAAACCAUGGGCUUUCCCGGAAAAAGCCAUGCCUUCUCCGGUGAAUGGCACUCCUUCAGCAAGGUGCUUCUUAUCGCCAUCUCGGUGCGAGGGAAAAUACGCAGUUUGCCUAUCAAAGUCGAAGUGACUGAAAGGCUCCAGAAAGAAACAAAUGACGACUUCGGAAUGAAAAAACCAACCUGA